CGGCGUUACGCGCGGGCGCACUACGGGGGCCAAGGAAGGAAGAUAUGUGGUCGCGGUUGGGGUGGCUGGGCCUUCGGGCCCUUCUGGGCGGGCGCCAGGGCUUCACCUCCAAGGCAGAUCUUCAGGGCAGUGGCCGGAUCACGGCCGAGUUGAUCGAGCACCUGGAGCGUCUAGCGCUUGUGGACUUCGGCAGCCGCGAGGCAGUGGCGCGACUGGAGAAAGCUAUCGCCUUCGCCGACCGGCUACGCGCCGUGGACACCGACGGGGUGGAGCCCAUGGAGUCGGUCCUGGAGGACAGGUUGGAGUACAACGGUGUGAUCUCUGCUCACUACAAACUCUGCUUCCCACAUUCAAGUGAUUCUUGUGCCUCAGCCUCCCGGGUAGCUGGGAUUACAGGUAUGCACCACCAUGCCCGGCAAACGUUUGUAUUUUUAGUAGAGACAGGGUUUCACCAUAUUGGAUGGUCUCGAACUCCUGACCUCAGGUGAUCCACCCGCUUUGGCCUCCCAAAGCACUGGGAUUACAGGCAUGAGCCACUGCACCUGGCCUUUUUUUUUUUUUUCCUUCUUGCUCUGUCGCCCAGGCUGGAGUGCAGUGGUGCCAUCUCAGCUCACUGCAACUUCCGCCUCCUGGGUUCAGGCGAUUCUCCUGCCUCAGCCUCCCGAGUAGCUGGGAUUACACGUGCGUGCCACCACGCUUGGCUAAUUUUUGUAUUUUUAGAGAGAUGUGGUUUCCCCAUGUUGCCCAGGCUGGUCUUGAACUCCUGAAUUCAGGUGAUCCACCCGCCUUAGCCUCCCAAAGUGCUGGGAUUAUAUGCAGGAGCCACCGCACCCGGCCUUUCUCCCCCACCUCACCCCCCCAAGAAAUUUAAUGUCUGAAAAGAUCAUACUUGUUCAAGGCCACAUAGUUAAGAACGUGCCAGGUCCUAUAACAGACUUCAACUUUCUAAUAUUCAUACCAUGAGUAAAUAUUUGUUGUGUCUAGCUUUGGGCUGGGUGCCACAAAAAAAGAACUAGUCCUUUCCUAAAAUAAUCUUAUUGUGACAACUUAUUAUUAUUAUUAUUAUUUUUUUUUCGAGGCAGAGUCUCGCUCUGUCUACCAGGCUGGAGUGCAGUGGCACGAUCUCGACUCACUGCAAGCUCUGCCUCCCGGGUUCACGCCAUUCUCCUGCCUCAGCCUCCCAAGUAGCUGGGACUAUAGGUGCCAACCACCACGCCCGGCUAAUUUUUUUUGUAUUUUUGGUAGAGAUGGGGUUUCACCGUGUUAGCUAGGAUGGUCUCGAUCUCCUGACCUCGUGAUCUGCCUGCCUUGGCCUCCCAAAGUGCUGGGAUUACAGGUGUGAGCCACCGCGCCUGGCUGACAACUUAGUUCUUAUGUGCAGCCUUAGACAUGUGCAGCCUCUCUGUGAGUCGAGUCAUGUGCAGCCUCUCUGACAUGACUCAAACGCCAUUAGGGUCUGCCCUCAGUCUGUGCCCACUGAAAGCAGGAGGAGCAUGGCUACUACCGAAUACAGUAUCAGUGAUUUAACAGACUGCUUAUUUUUUUGGUCCAAGUAUGUGGAAGCAGGCUUACACACUUUUACACCUUGAAACAAUAGUGAAGCCUCAUGCAUAUGUUCAAGCUCCUGUGUGUUUUUUACCUGUUUGCCAUCUGAAGGCUUUAGUAAAGUCACUAGGUCCCACAGAACACUGGGAGAUUCUUGAGCUGUUUGUGGCACAUCUUGCUCAAGGGCAGGCACAUCCACCAAAGUUGCUGUGGUGGAAAAAGCAUUCAUCUUAGGGGUACCAUAUUGGGCUAAGAUCCCAGUUGUUACUUAGGAGCCAACAUCCUUAAGUCACUCUUGCAGCAAGUUUGCUUCCCCAUCUCUGCUUAGCUUUCUAGCUUCAUCUUUCACCUCCAGCAGACCACACCGCAGCCUGCUAAACUCCCUGUCCUUCUCUGAAUCUCUGCGCUCUCGGCUCUCUUGCUUUGGGAUUCAUGCUGCUAUACCUGCCAGGAAGUCCCUUUCUCAUACCUUCAUCCCCCAAUCCAGCUAUUUCUUGCCCAUCCUUGAACAGUGACAUCAGCUAUUCUGAGGAUGUGCUACUCACCCAGGCUGGACUAGGUACCCUUUCUAUCCUUU